AUGUCUGCAACAUCAAUAUCAUCAGCAAUAGGAAUGUAUGGUUAUGUAGUUACGUUCUCAUUAGGUCUUAUUGGACAUUCAUGUAGUUUAUUGACAUUUUCUCAACGUCAACUUCGUUCAACUUCUACAACUCUUCUUUUUUUUAAUAUAACAAUAUUUGAUAUGCUCUAUUUAUUUAUGAGUCUCUAUGAUUUUUUUCUUAUUAAUCUUGGUUUACCUCAAUUAAGUCCUUAUUAUAUUUCAUUAUGUCGAUUUCGAACAUUUAUUAUUAAUUUUGUUCAAACAAUAUCACCUUGGCUAUUAGUUUUUAUAGCAUUUGAUCGAGUAAUUCGUGCUCGUUUACCACAUCGUACAAAACAAUUAUGUACAAAGAAAAAUGUUAUUAUAAUUCUUCUUAUGACUAUUCUAUGUACCAUAGCAUUCAAUAGUCAUGUUCUUCAAUCAUCUUUUACUGUUGCAUUUCCAUUUAGUCAUGUUAUUUGUGGUCCAUCACACGAAAACUUAACUGAUUAUGGUAUAUUCUAUUAUUUUACUUGGCCUGUUCUACAAAUAUGGAUAAAUAUUCUCAUACCUGCAUUAUUAAUGAUUGCUUGUCUCAUUAUUGUUUAUCAAAAAGUAAGAAGUGUAGCAAUGGUUCGUCAUAAUCAACAACUUCAAAAUCAAAUGAUUCUUCUUAUGUUAUCAAAAAUUAUCUUAUUUCUUAUAUGUACAUUACCCUAUGGUACAUAUCGUAUGCUUACAAUCUAUUUAGUUGAUGAACAGAAUGUAACAAAAUAUUAUACAUUCUUCAUUAUCACUGCUGUAUUGACUAUAUUCUUGAAUGCAAAUUUUUCUUUGGCUUUUUAUAUUCAUUGUUUAACAUCAACUUUAUUUCGACAGACAUUUUUCAAUACUAUAAAGAAUUGUAUACGACAACGACGACGACAGGCUACUGUUCAACCAGCUGUAUGCACAAUAGCACCGAAAUGA